AUGGCAACUCAACAUCCUACCAAUGGUACCGAGCAUAACGGCGGACUAUCAUACGAAUCACUCGAGACCCGUUAUGUGCGGAUGAUGGUGGAAGCAGAUAGGGUUCCCUGGCAAUAUAAUAUUAUGGCUAGCGCAGCCCAUUGGAUCCUUCUUGCGGGAUACUUAGUGGUCCCUGGCACAUUUACAUCGCUCCAAGCCUCUGAUGAGGUCCACAGCAGCCUUUCAGGAAACAAAGCAGGCGCUUUAAUUUUAAGCACUAUUCAGAAUCCCCCUCUUCUUGCGCUGGCAGCUGUGUUCUUUCUCUCGGGUAUAACUAUAAUGGGAUGGUUGUAUUGGGAAUAUCAGUCGAAUUACAUUUGGCUUAUUAGUCAUAUAUUUUUGCCUACCCUUCUGAAUGCAUCAGCUGGUCUUGUGACGACCCUCAUCAGUUUAUAUACUGGUCAUGGUGGAGAUUGGUCAAUUAUGGCCCUCUUGACUGUGAUUGCAUCUGGUCUAUCAAUGGCAUCUUCCCUCAGCCUGUUUGUCAUUUAUAGGUUCGGGAUGCUUGGAAAACUGAAACAAGAACACGACCAGCUUAUCUACCACCAUAAUCGUCCAAUACAUGCUUAA